AUGCAGAAAGUCAUAGCUUUGGCUCAUCGACUCUGGAACCAGGCCUUAAGCCCACUCAGCCAGUACAGGACCUCUCCUACUGGACCUUCGGAGGCCCACGGUGUGUUUCAUUCCUUUUCUUACAUGUACGACGUUCGAGUGACAGGUGAAGAACUGAAGGUGAUACAACCUGAGAGGGUGUCCGUCGCAGCUGGAGAAGCGGUCACUCUGUCCUGCUCUGUCUCUGCUCUGGUUCCCGUGGGACCCAUCCAGUGGUUCAGGGGGACUGGGCCAGAUCGGCAGUUAAUCUACAGUUUCAAAGGAGGCCUAGACCCCAUUCGCCUCUUCCCCCGGGUGAGAAAUGUUACGGACACCACGCAAAGAGGCAACAUGGACUUUUCCAUCCGCAUCGCUAACAUCACCCCAGCAGACGCUGACACCUACUUCUGUGUGAAGUUCACAAAAGGAUCCGAUGAUGACGUCGAGUUUAAGUCUGGUGUCGGGACACAGGUGACCGUGAGUGCCAAGCCCUCUGACCCCGUGGUAUCGGGACCCUCAGCAAGGACCACACCUGGGCAGACAGUGAGCUUCACCUGCGAGUCCCAUGGCUUCUCCCCCAGAGACAUCACCCUGAAGUGGUUCAAAAAUGAGAAUGAGCUCCCAGUCCUCCAGACCAAGGUGGUCCCACCAGACAACAGUGUCUCCUACAACAUCUCUAGCAGGACUCAGGUGUUGCUGACCUCAGAUGACGUCCACUCUCAGGUCAUCUGCGAGGUGGCCCACACUACCUUGCAGGGCUCUCUUCGUGGGAUGGCCAACUUGUCCCAGACCAUUCGAGUUCCGCCCACCUUGGAGGUUACCCAUCUCCCCAUUGAAGGGAAUCUGGUGAACGUCACCUGCCAAGUGAAGAAGUUCUACCCCAAGAGCCUGCAGCUGACCUGGUUGGAGAAUGGAUAUGUGUCCCGAACAGAUUCAGCCUUGAUCCCCACCAAGGAGAAGGAUGGGACCUAUAGCCUGAAGAGCUGGACCCUGGUGAACUCAUCUGUCCACAGGGAGGAUGUGGUGCUCACCUGCCAGGUGGUGCAUGACGGGCAGCCAGCAGUCACCAAAAGCCAGAUUCUGAGCAUGACUUCCUUCCUGAAGGACCAGAGCACACAGUCAACCUCUGUACUGCAAGCUUGUCCCAGGGUUCACCCAAACAGUCUACUGGAUGAUGGUGCACUUAGGAUGUUUGCAGGUUUUAUGGUUAGUACUGGAAAGAGCAAGGAAGAAUCCAAAGAAUUUAGCCCCAAUUCUGUGUAA